GCUGCUAUAUUUUCGUAAGGUUCGGCGCAGUUCUGUUCAUCUGUCUGACCUACCCAGUACUGCGUCUGCCUUUGUUUACAUAUUAGACUGUGGGGUUUUGUUUACAUCUUGUGUAUGAACAUCUUGCGCCUUCCGAGCAGCUUGCAUCUGUUGUAAAAAUCCACUUUCAGUAAUGAAGAAUAUCUCAAAACUGGAGGAGAUAUAAUCUAAUACUAUUUGUUCUUUCGUAUAUACGUGUAGGUCUCUUUCUGCACAGGGCAGGAGACGGACGGUUCCAGGACUCUUAGACUUUGGCGAAUCCGCUGCGUUGUGUUCAAUGUUCCAACCUCCCGCCGUUGAAGCUGCUAACCGCAAUGCUGUGGGCAUGCUCAAAGAGGCGCUCAAUGGCGCAUUCGGUGACGUCACACAAGACGACCUCGACGACGCCCUACUGCGCGCCGCCAUCCACGGGAAUACGGCAUGCGUGUUGAUGCUGCUCGACAGCGGGGCCGACGUCACCGCCGGCGACAUGGACAACGACAAUGCCCUCAUGUUGGCGGUGUGCAACGACCACGUAACUGUCGCCAGCAUCCUGCUUCAGCAGUGCCUCGACGUCAACGCCACCAGCGACUACGGCCGAACCGCCCUGCAUAUGGCGUGCUGGCGCAGCAACAAGACGUUGGUGCAGAUGCUGCUGACGGCAGGCACGGACACGUCGGUUAGAGACAAGUACGGCGACACCGCGCUUAUGUUGGCCGUCCUCAACAACCACGCAGACGUAACAGUCACGCUACUGGAAGCCGGAUGUGACGUCAACGCUGCGAACCACGACCGAGAACUUCCGCUGCACUACGCCGCGAAGAUUAACAGCGCGGUGAUAGCUGAGCUGCUGUUGCAGGUUGGCUGCGACGGCGAGGUCCCGAACGGGUGGGGCAGUACGCCCAUGAUGCUGGCCGCCUCGCAGAACAACGGCCGCGUCGUUGACGUCCUAGUCGAGUAUGGCUGCAACGUCAACAUACCCAAUCGGUCGGACAAAACACCUCUCCAUGAAAUCGCCGCAUUCGGCAAUAUCGAGUGUUUGAGACAUCUCCUCGCACAUGGCGCAGAUCCUAACGCCAUUGAUGUGGAUGGCAGACUUCCGGUUCACUAUGCCGUUGCUAAUGGAAACGCCGAGUGUGUCCUCUUGCUUAUUCACGCUGGGACCGUCACCCGAGGAUGUCUUGACAUAAUGCCAGAAACCCUCCAAACCCUGCAGAGAUACACGUUACAACGCAGCUUACAGAUCGCGUCUAUGCUGUGGGAAGCGCGACUCUGUACGAACUCAGAACUGUUUCAGAUUCGUGUUUCUCAGAACUGGGUGGGUGCUCUGAAGGACAAGUGCCCCGAAGGUUUAGCUUGGUUGUGUCGGACCAGUAGUAAUCCUCGAACAUUGUUCAGUGCGUCACGAGCUGUUGUUUUGGACCAGCUCCGCGACCGUGGCCCCGGAGAUCUGAGAUAUAAGGUACGACUGAUGACACAGGUUCCUGCUCCUCUGAGAAAAAAACUUCUGCUGUUUGACUGCUGCACGUGAGGAUUCUGAUUACAAACACCAAGAACAUUACCCUGUUGCCACUGACUUUAGCCAAGGACAUUACUCGUGCAACCUAAAGGAAUUUGUCGCUUUAAUCCUUUGAUCUUUGGAUAGGGUGUUAAAGAGUUAUAGGUAUCAAUGUAGGUCAAAUGUAAAGUACGUCGUUGACAUUGAUUACUCAAUAAAUGACGGAACUUAAAGGAUGUAGUCCUUUGGAGAGAGCUUCAAAGUGAUGUAGGCAUCUAUGUAAUGUGUGGCGGAAGGUAUGUCUUGAGUUGUGUUGUGUGCUUUAUUUUUCAAGGAGAAGAGAGGUAUAUGUAGCUAUACCCAUGUCAUGAUUUUGUCAAAUAACUUGAUCUAUAGUGUACAGAGAUGCGGGUUUUGAUGCGAUAAUGGUUUUGUGGUUUUAACUAUACACAUAUUAAAGUAUGUGACCAGAAAUAUAUAUAUAUAUAUAUAUAUAUAUAUAUAUAUAUAUAUAUAUAUAUAUAUAUAUAUUUGCAGCUUUUUUAAUGUCUAGCGGCUGCGUCUUGCGAUGUAGUGAUUAUGAAUGUAUAAGACUGUGUACAGCCAUGUUGUCAUUACAAAGAAAACGAUAUAUUAAACUAAUAUUAUAGCUAAAACUAUUUGUUAUCAUUCAUUUUAGAACAUGAGGAUCAGGUUACGCAAGUGCCCAACUUAUUGAAUUGACUGAAAUAAGUAAUGC